AUGUCUGGUAACUUCCUGGACCCCAAGGCCAUGCUGGACCCCCGUCAGCGCUCCCUCAGCGAGGCGGGCACCAUCUCCUCAGUCGGCGACACAACCAUUGUGCCCAGCAUUAACCAGCAAACUCCAGAUGAGAAGGGCAUCAAGUUUCCUCCUGUUCCCCCCUCCAACAACGCUCCCUUCUCCCAUACUCCAGAUGAACUUAACAAUCUACUUGACCCCAAAUCUCUGGACACACUUAGAAGUUUCGGUGGUCUACAGGGUCUGGCGCAAAGUCUCAAUGUGGACGUAAACGCCGGUCUCAGUGUGGAUGAACUCCAAACACAAAACGCUUCAUCCAAUGAAAGAAUCCGUAUCUACGGUCGCAACCAGCUCCCCGCCAAGAAACCAAAGUCUAUCUGGCGAUUAGCUUGGAUCACCUUCCAGGAAGCGGUCUUGGUUCUCUUGACGGUGGCUGGUACCAUCUCUCUCGCCCUUGGUCUCUAUGAGACAUUCGGAACGACCCAUGCGCCCGAUGACCCUACACCCGUUGAUUGGGUUGAGGGUGUUGCCAUUCUCGCUGCCGUUGCUAUCGUUGUGGUUGUUGCUUCGCAUAACGAUUGGCAGAAAGAAAAGGCCUUUGUCAAGCUCAACACCAAGAAGGAUGAUCGUGAGGUCAAGGUUCUUCGAUCUGGCAAGUCAAUGCUCAUCAAUGUCGCUGACAUCGUUGUUGGCGAUGUCUUGUACCUCGAGCCUGGUGACUUGAUUCCCGUUGACGGUAUCUUUAUCGAUGGACACAACGUCAAGUGCGACGAGUCUACUGCCACUGGCGAGUCUGACGCCCUGAAGAAGACGCCUGGUGCAAAGGCACUUACACCUGACCCCAAGAGCACCAAGGAAUCCGACCCUUUCAUCAUCUCCGGUUCAAGGGUUCUUGAGGGUAUGGGUACGUUCAUGUGUACUUCAGUCGGUGUGAACAGUAGCUUUGGUAAGAUCAUGAUGUCUGUCCGCACAGAUAUCGAGUCAACACCUCUUCAGAAGAAACUUGAGAAGCUAGCUGUUGCUAUUGCCCAGCUGGGUGGUGGUGCCUCAGUUCUCAUGUUCUUCAUCCUUCUUUUCCGCUUCUGUGCCAACCUUCCUGGUGAUGAUCGACCUGCUGAGGAGAAGGCCUCGACAUUUGUCGAUUUACUCGUCGUCGCUAUCGCUAUCAUUGCUGUCGCUGUUCCUGAGGGUCUUCCUCUUGCUGUCACACUUGCGCUUGCUUUCGCUACCACUCGUCUUCUGAAGGAGAACAACCUGGUUCGCGUCCUCCGAGCCUGUGAGACAAUGGGUAACGCUACUUGUAUUUGCUCCGACAAAACAGGAACUUUGACAACGAAUAAAAUGACCGUCACUGCUGGUCGUUUCGGCUCUUCCACCUUUACAUCCGAUAUUCCUUCUUGGGCCUCUGGUCUUCCCGCCGACACCAAGAAACUCAUCACCCAGUCUGUUGCCAUCAACUCCACUGCCUUCGAAGGUGAAGAAGAUGGUGUCGCCACCUUCAUCGGCUCCAAGACCGAGACCGCUCUGCUCCAACUCGCUAAGGACCAUCUCGGUAUGCAAUCUCUUGCCGAGGCACGCGCCAACGAAACCAUUGUCGUCAUCGAACCCUUCGACUCAGCCAGGAAGUACAUGACUGCUGUUAUCAAGACUCCCACUGGCUGCCGACUUCUGAUCAAGGGCGCUUCUGAGAUUGUCCUUGGAUAUUGCCAGACCCAAGUCGACCCUUCCAACGGUAACAUUGAUGAUUUGGAUCGCAAGGCUGCUGAGGGAGCUAUCAACGCUUUUGCUGAAAAGUCCCUUCGCACAAUCGGUAUGGCGUAUAAGGACUUUGCCGAAACUCCGGAUCUUGAGAACUUGACCGACUUGACCCUUCUUGGUAUUGUCGGCAUCCAAGACCCCGUUCGUACUGGUGUUCCCGAAGCUGUUCAGAACGCCCGUCGUGCUGGAGUCGUCACUCGCAUGGUUACAGGCGACAACAUCGUCACUGCACGUGCCAUCGCUACUGAGUGUGGUAUCUUCACUGAUGGUAUCGUCAUGGAAGGUCCCGAGUUCCGAAAGCUCUCCGAAGAAGAACUCGAUCGUGUCAUUCCUCGUCUGCAAGUCCUAGCCCGUUCAUCGCCCGACGACAAGCGCGUCUUGGUUACCCGUCUCAAGGUUCUCGGCGAGACUGUGGCUGUAACAGGUGACGGCACAAACGAUGCGCCUGCACUCAAGGCCGCAGAUAUCGGAUUCUCUAUGGGUAUUUCUGGCACUGAAGUUGCUAAGGAGGCUUCUGAGAUUAUCCUCAUGGACGACAACUUUGCUUCGAUUAUCACUGCUUUGAAGUGGGGACGUGCUGUCAACGAUGCCGUGCAGAAGUUCCUCCAGUUUCAGAUCACUGUCAACAUUACCGCUGUCAUCCUUUCCUUUGUUACUUCCAUGUACAACGACGAUAUGGAGCCUGUGCUUAAGGCUGUGCAGCUUCUAUGGAUCAACCUGAUCAUGGACACUAUGGCUGCUCUCGCUCUCGCCACCGAUCCUCCUACCGAUGCCAUCCUCGACCGCCCUCCUCAGCCCAAGUCCGCGCCACUCAUCACCAUGAACAUGUGGAAGAUGAUCAUUGGCCAGUCCAUCUUCCAGCUGGUCGUCGUUCUCGUUCUCUACUUCGCCGGUGGUGCCAUCCUCAACUACGACACGAGCAUCGAGAGCGAGAAGCUCCAACUCGACACCAUCAUCUUCAAUGUCUUUGUCUGGAUGCAAAUCUUCAACGAACUCAACUGCAGACGUCUUGACAACAAGUUCAAUGUUUUUGUCGGCAUCCACCGCAACCUGUUCUUCAUCUUCAUCAACUGCAUCAUGAUCGGACUCCAGAUCGCUAUCGUCUUUGUCGGUAACCGCGUUUUCGAUAUCGAUCCCAAUGGUCUUGACGGUGUUCAGUGGGCGAUCUCGAUCAUUAUCGCUGCUUUCAGUCUGCCGUGGGGAGUACUGGUCAGGAUCUUUCCGGAUGAGUGGUUUGCCAAGGUGGUUUACUUUGUUGCACCACCUUUCGUUGCUGCGUAUGGCUGGUUCUCCAACAUUUGGGGCAAGUUUGCUAGACUAUUUAAGAAGUCUAAGAAGACGGACAGUGACAGCGAUGAAUCUUCUAUGGAGGGUGGCAAGGAGAAGUCGUCAACAUCAGGUCCGAUGAUUGUUGAGCCCUAG